GGCUGUCUCGGGCCGUGCAGCUACUAGCCGAGGCGGCUGUCCCUCGUUUCAGCGGCGCUGGCCAUUUCUGUCCAGGGGUCUAGGCGCAUCCAGCUAGUGCGGGGAAAGGCAGCUCAGGAGCCCGAGCUGCAGCCAACGCCCCGCAGCAGGACCAGAUCUAAGCGGCCUGCGCUCGCCAGCAACGGGGAAAGGAAAGCGGCUGUCGGGAGUGUGCAGCAGCCGGAGCCUCCCCGUGGCAGGACCUUUUCCGGCGCGGCACAGCGGCUGCUCAGCCUCAUGGAUGUGAACUUGCAAUUCUGGAGCACGGAGGGCAAAAUUUCUUCACUGGACAGAUAUUUUAGACCCUACAACCUUACUGAAAUCUAAUGUCCCUCUGUAUCCUAUCCCUACCCUCCAGCGUAUCUGUCACUCCUCCCAAUUUAGUGUCAUCUGCAAACUUUCUGAGGGUGCAAUCCACACCAUCCUCCAGAUCAUUGAUGAAGAUAUUGAUCAAAACCGGCCCGAGGACCGACCCUUGGGGCACUCCGCUUGAUACCGCUGUCAACUAGACAUGGAGCCAUUGAUCACUACCUGUUGAGCCCGACAAUCUAGCCAACUUUCUAUCCACCUUAUAGUCCAUUCAUCAAGCUCAUACUUCUUUAACUUGCUGGCAAGAAUACUGUGGGAGACCGUGUCAAAAGCUUUGCUAAAGUCAAGGAACAACACGUCCACUGCUUUCCCCUCAUGGCCUUUCACCACUGAAAACCAGGUUCGAUAAGGAUUAUUCAUGUAUGCAGAAAUAGAAAAAUCCAGAUUACUUUUACAAACCGGUGCUCAGACUCUUCAAGAGCCUUUACGGGACAAAAAGGUAAAACAAGCCUGGAAGCUGAGUCUGUCCUCUGUGCACCCUGGUACUGGCGAGAUAAUUCCCCUUGUGUUUAGACCACCAGCUUUCCUGCCCUUAGUCACCCCAUUGGUUUUUGCUAGUUUACUACCACAAAGAGGAGCAAAGCAAGCAUUUAUUUGGCAGUUCCUGUUUCAUGCAUACGCUGCUGGAUUCACCAUAGCAAAUGGAAAUGCUACACCUAAAACUGAAGAAACAGCAUUGCCACAAAAGCUGCCAGAAAAGCAACUCCUUCUGAGCACAGGUGCCAUCUCUUAUGCAGCAUGUAUAGGAGCAUUUCCUCACUUUGUCAUGACACAAAAUAGAGUGAAUAAUCCUUCUAUGCAAACGUUCUUCAGAAAAAUUUUACCCAUUCCACUUCUUGCCUGCCUGAGUGCGUUUAAUGUGAUGAUUGUCCGAGGAACUGAGUGUGAGAAUGGAAUCGAAGUUAUGGACAAGAAUGGCAAGGUCGUUGGAGUGUCACAAAAAGCUGGGUUGAAGGCAGUACAAGAAACAGCUUUAUCAAGAGCAGCCUUUUUUGGGACAGCAGUAAUUAUUCCAGAGUCUCUUCUAUACUUCUUGCAACGCACAAACUUUUUACUCAGCAAUCCACACGCUUUGACUCCACUGAGACUGCUUAUGACUGUUUCAGCAUUGGGUGCGUUAUUACCAGUUUCAUUCAGUGUCUUCCCGCAGUUGGGAGAGAUAAAACGAGAUGACCUUGAAAAAGAGAUUUUGACAUCCACAGAAGAAACUGUGCUUUUUUACAACAGGGGAGUUUAGAAAAUGGCUUUAACUUAUAAGUGUGCUUUUGAUCAAACUGAAUUUGUACGUCCAUACAAGGCUUCAAACUUAAAUCAACCUGUCUAGUGUAUUUUUGAAUAAUGAAGUCAUGGGAAAGGCUGUCAGACUGGGCUUAGAACAGUACAUUUUUAAACGGACAGACUAAUCUAAACCAUCUGCAAGAUCCCCCAUAGAAUCCUGUGUGUGAAAAUAGCUUAAUAAUGCCUCUACUUUAUAUGUGAUUAACUCCAGAAAGAGAAAAAUAUUGUAUAACUGUACCCAUCAGAAACAUCCAGCAUUCUGUACUUUCUCCUACAGCAAUGUGGUUGAUUCCCUACUUAUUAAAACCUAUAACUGCA